AUGGUCGACGCACCGAGCAGACCGUCGCGCAAAGGGAAGGAGCGCGAGACGUUCGCGGCCGACUUUACAGACCGCAUGGUAGCGCUCCAAAGACGCAACCACCAACCACUUACGUCCAGGCGAGAGCGCCCGACGAUCUCGACCGCGACACCGCCUACGACGACUGCAGCGGCCACGGCGAGCCCACCACGGAAAGGGGCACUCCCCCAAGUCGUUGUCUCAGCCGAAGACGAGUUCUCCCGGCGUCUAAAUAUUACGUCGAGCAAUUCGCCGCCCAGCAGGCCGUCGCGCCAGGCCGCUUCUGCCGCCGGCAAGUCGCUCUUCAAUCCGCACUCUGACGUCCCCAUGCGCCGGACCGCAGAGCCAGACGCCAUCUCGGACUCGACAAACGGCUCGAACAAGGCCGCAGCCGCCGCACCGCAGUCCGGACGCCAGCUCUUCGACCCUCGCCGCGACGACCCCGUCCGAUUCGGCGCCCAGCGCAAGCCGCCACCGACGCCAAAGUCUUCCGGCGAUUAUAUUUCUAGCGCCUCGUCGUACUACGCGCCCUCUGUCGCGUCCUCAUCCUUCACGCUCAACUCGUCCACCACCGAUGGAUCCUCCGACCCGUCUUCGAUCUUCGAUUCCGGCCGGCCCGAGCUGCCGAGCAAGCCUUCGAACGCGUUCACGGUCCAGCUGAAGAAGCUUUAUCGGGACAUUACCAAUGUCGAGAACAAGAUCAAGAGCGAGGAUGCCGACGGCGAGAUGAUGGACGAGAGCCGGGUGCUGCCCAAGCCGCAGGCGACGCAGGCCGACGAGAGUGCCGAAAGCGCCAAGUGGCAGCGCGCGAUCCAGGACCAUAAACUUCUCGCGGAGAUGAUGCACCAGCUCUUGACCAUCUCGACUGCACCAUCUGUACCAGCAUCUCUGCGCAGCAUCCCGGAGAAGUACAGUAUUAUUGUCCGCCUAUGGACAUACGGCUUCCACAAAUUGCUCGAAAACCUUCGCCGUUCCGCGCUCAGCUCCCCAGUCGCGCUUGAGCAUCUGCAGGACUUCAUCUACUUCGCUUACAGCUUCUACGCGUGCUUGCAUGAGGAGCACAAUCUCGCCGCGUACCGUGCAGCAUGGCUCGAGGCCCUCGGCGACCUGGCCAGGUACCGGAUGGCAGUGGCAGCGAUGCUUCCGCUCUCGGCGCUCUACGCUCCGGCCCCUGCGCCCUUACUUUCAACACUCGCACCUCCCGUGGCGAUGACGCCGACGAGCACUUCCGGCGCAGCAGGCUCAGGUGGACGGAGCGAUGUCCCAGCCGGACCGGCGCGGAUCGACGACUCUCCCAGCCCGAGCGUGGGCAUAGUCGCGGCUCGUAACUUUGAGCUCGAGCCGGAGAAGGAAAGGUGGCGCGCGGCGGCCCGGGUGUGGUACGGCGCGGGUGUGGCGGACACGCCCGGAAACGGCAAAUUGCAUCAUCAUCUCGGUUUACUUGCGCGCGAGGCGGAGGGAGAGGAUCUGCGCGCGGUGUACCAUUUCACAAAGAGCUUGAUCGCGACGCACACGUUUACGACUUCUCGAGAGUCUGCGCUCCCGAUUUGGUCUGGCGCUGCACAAACGCGUCGCGCGCAGGCAGACGCCACCGCUUCCGACCUUUUCGUCCGUCUUCACGGCACUUUAUUCACCGCCGUCGAACGCGACGCCUUUGCACCGACACUCUCGCGUCUCUCGGAGCGUCUCAGUCUGACGAACGGCCAAGUCGAGAGCCGCGAGUGGGCGAUGAUGGCCUGUGCCAACGUCGCUGCUCUACUCGAAUACGGCAAGAAAGAAGGCGUAUUGAAGCGCGCGGGCGCCUUCCCGCAGGCCACCGGUACCGGACAAGCGGCCCAGGCCCAGGCGCGCAUGAAGAUCGCAAGCGCCCGUGCCCGCAAUGACGACGGCAUGGACAUCGACGAGCCCAGCCCCGCGCUCUCCGAGGCUUCGCUCAUCUCGGGCAACGGCGAGCUUCCCGCCGCCUUCACGCUCGCGUGCCAGCUUGCGUUCACCAUGCUCGCGCACGCGGUCUCACAUCCAGUUCCUGCACGCGAUGGACGCCCUGCACCUUCGGCGUACGCGACGAUCCUGCUCACGUUCCUCGCGGUCCUCGCGAAGUCCGAGGCAGCGCGCGUCUUGCUCGAACGCUAUGUUCCGUGGGAGCAAAUCGCCAGCAUGCUCGAGCACGCGCCAUCGCGCAUUCUCAAGCUCGAGGAUGGCUCUAGCGAGCGUCUCGCGAGGCGCGGCGCGUUGCCCGAGGACUGGUGCUUGCGCGGUAUGGGAUGGCCCGGCCGCAAUCUCUUCGAGAAGGGUUUCUGGAAGGCCGAGGAGGGCAUCUCGCGCGAGAUGGAAGUUCUCGACGAGCGCGAGGGCGCGGAGCUUGAGACCGACGAGGGACGCGUCGAAGAGGAGGGCGAUGAAGAGGAGGAAGAGCUCGGCACCAGGCGAUGGGCGCGCGCUGUAUGGGCUGGUGCACGUCUCGCAAGGCUCGUACCCGGCUUUGUGUGGAGGGGCGGGAAGGAGUGGGCCGUUGAUGGCGUGUUGCGCGAGAAGGUCGCGGCGUGGACUGAGGAGGAGAGGAGAGAGCGGGAGGAAGAGGAGGCGAGAAGGUCGCGCGUUAGGGGCGCGGAUCCGAUGGAGGUUGACGAGGAUGAGGCUAUUGAGGAGGAUAGUGAGGACGAUGAGAGCGCUCCUGAGGAGGUUCGCGCGCUUAAGGCGCGUCGACGCUACUUGCGCUCGCUUCUCCGCCCAUCCGCUGCACUAUCUCAACCUUCACCCCGCAGGCAUACCCGUCACAAGGGUCCCACACUCCGCCUCUCACCGGGCUACACGACGCUCGUGCUCGACACGAACGUUCUCCUCGCCGCCCAAGAGCGCGUGCGUGCGCUCAUCGAGAGCCAACAAUGGACAAUCGUCGUUCCCCUCCCCGUAAUAAUGGAACUCGACGGCCUCGCCACGUCCUCCCACAACCCCGCCGACCCCUUCGCAUCCCCCUCCGACCAGGGCCAAGCCGAACUCGGCAAGAUCGCCAAGUCCGCCGUCGACAUGCUCUCCUCUCUCAUCCGCACCCACGGCUCGAGCCUCAAAGUGCAAACCAGCAGAGGGAACUACCUGUCUUCGCUCGUUGUCAGGCGCGAAGCGGUCGACUUUGAUGGAUCGCCGAGCGGAUGGGAGAGGUGCAUGGAUGAUCUGAUUUUGAGGGCGGCUGUGUGGCAGGACGAGCAUUGGGUUGAUAGGAGUGGCGUCGCGGAGAGCGCUAGUCGCGUCGUGCUGUGUACCCUGGAUAGGAAUUUGAGGGUGAAGGCGCGCGCACGGCAGCUCGAUGCGGCGGGCGAGGAGGAGAUUGCUGCAUUGCUCGCUGGCGCAUAG